GUGGUUGUUGUCGGAGGCGGUCCUGCUGGCCUCUUUUCAGCCUAUCUCCUUGCAAGGCAGGGCAUCUCAUCCGCCAUCAUCACUCGAUAUCCAACGAGGCUCGGUCAACCUAAAGCCCAUGCUAUCAAUCCUCGAACUCUUGAAAUCUUCAGGCAGGUGGGCCUUGACGUCAACAGGCUGCGAAGCAUCGGCACAUCACAAAAGGAUGGGUUUUGGGUCCGCUUCAAUCUAGGUCUGGCAGACCACGAGCUGGGUAAACUGCCGUAUGAGCGACAGGACGAUGCGGUAAAGGAUGUUACUCCGGAGCCGCUUUUCAACAUUUCCCAGCCUAUCCUGGAAGAGUUUCUCGAGCAGGCAGCUAUUUCGACUGGCCAUGUCACGAUCUAUGCCCCUUGGGACUGGCAAGCUCUCGAAAUUGACGCUGGCAAACCUGUAUCUGUCAUCCGAAGUCGCUUGGAUUCUUCCAAAGUCCUUCAGAUCACAUCGGACUAUAUCAUAGGGGCAGACGGCAGCGAGUCAACUGUUCGUUCGGCCAUGGUCAACGUUCAAUGGCACUCCCCAGACACGGUCGAGCGGCCAAAGCGCUUCUACUGUUCAAUCCACGCAUCUGGUGACCUGACCAAGGCCUACCACCACAGAGAUAGGCGCGGUCAGUUAUCCUUCUGCUUCCACCCGGAGCACAAGGCAGGGCUCGUCAUAUAUCAUCCAACCGAGUCCUGGGUGCACGCCCGGGUUAUUAACCCUGUUCAAGAGCCUCUUGAUAGUUUUACUGAUGCCAGAUGUGAAGAAGUGAUCCGGCCCUGUGUCGGACCCGACGUGGAUAUCACGAUCCAGUCGGUGAACCAAUGGUACACUUGGGCACGAGUAGCAACCACCUACAGCGACCCAACUCACCGGGUCCAUCUAGUUGGCGAUGCCGCUCAUUCCUUCCCUCCCCAGGGUGGCCUCGGGAUCAACACGGGCAUUGCUGACGUGCACAACCUGGUUUGGAAGGCGGGACUUCUUUUGCGCUCCAAGUCGGCCACGAUGCCACCUUUGCUUGGUACCUAUACUCAAGAACGUCGGCCAGUCGCCAUUGCCAACUCUGUACAAUCCGCACACAACGAAGACAUUUGGGCCGAGUUCAAUAUGCGAGUGCACAAAGCGGUAGACCUCAUCUCCAAGCACGGCGGUUCAUUUGAUGAUGCCAAACUGAAGCAACAUUUUGACCAGGAUUUGGCUUUAAACAAGCAGCACUUUGAUUCACUCGCCCUCCAGAUUGGGUACAUAUACGACAAUGCCCUAGACCCUACCAAAAUCCGUACCGACUGUGGGUCGUACGAUCCUUCGUCAGUUGUUGGCGCACGUCUACCACACGCAUGGUUAGCUGACGGAAGGUCAACACUGGACUUGGUUCCUGAAAACGAGUUUGUCGUUUUCCACGCAGCGUCGAGCUACGCAGAAACUACCUACCAGUUCGGUGCCAGUCAGAUUACUGUAAGAUCUGUAGACGUGGUCAAAGCUGGGGCGCCCAAGUCAUGGUUAGAUAUCAUGAGGCUAGAAAGCGAUGGUGCUGUUGUUGUGCGACCUGACCAGCACAUACUCGCUCAUGUCAGGGGCGUGAAUGGAGCAUUGGCGGCUAUUGAUCAAUAUCUC